AUGUAUUUAGUCUUGGAGAUGCGCAUUCUUUGUAAAUUCUUACUGGAAAAUUGCGAUCAUCUUGAACAUUUUAUCACACCCGUGGCUUACACGCCCUUGAACGAGGAUCAGAAGGCGAUCGAAUUGAAAAAUCAACGUUACAAAAUCAUUCGAGAAGCCAAACGCACUUGGUUAAAUCAUGUUUUGCAUGCUUAUGAAAGUGAAAUACAAGAAUAUGAGCAACAAUACCAAAAGGAAUUCAGACACUUGGAAGCACCUUUAUCGAAUCCUGCCAAGACGGACAAUAUAUCUACUUUACAUUCAGUCAAAGAUUUUUUAGUUGAACAGACGAAUCAAUUGAGAGGAAGCAUGUGCGAUGAAGUGUCGUCAUCUCGAAUCAUUCUGCUUCACAACCGUCAACGUGCAUCAUCAUCGAAAGAUACGAUCGACGUAUCACCGGAAUCUUAUCUCGAUCUCAUUUCCAAUCCAUCUGAUCAACGAGAGUGGAAUUAUCUGUGCUUGGGAUCAUCUUGUAUACGAUUGAAUCAAAGUGCUGCUCGUCCACGAGUUCAACAAGAGGCUGCAACCAAAAAAGAACAUCAAGAAAUCUUUGAUAAAGUUCAACCCCACAAAGAAUUACGGAAACUAUUAGAUGAAUCCAAUACAUGGCAUCCUAAUAUCAAGUUAGAUUAUCAAAUUGGAAAAAGUCUUCCAUUCCUGGAUGUUUUCCUAACAAAUCAAAAUGGGAUAUUGUCGACCUCGAUUUAUCAUAAGCCAAGUGCUGAACCUUACGUUGUACCAUUUAUAUCUGAUCAUCCUCGACAGUCACUUGCCGAGAAUCUGUGA